AGGUGUCCUUGUCAGGAGGAGACGCGGGCGAGGACAUUAUCGGCGGCGGGGGGGACGGAGGACGGCCCGGGGGCGGAGGCGGUGGUUGUGGUUGUCCGCUGGUCGGACUUCGUGGGGAGCGAGUGCGUGAGCGGCCUCUCGGCGGAGACGGCGGUGAAGGCGCCGGAGGAAGUUUGGCGGUGGGGUUACGUAUGUCAGGGACUGCUGACGUGGAGGCGAGCGCUGUCGGCGAGGUGGGCCGAGCAGGAUCCGUGGGCUCGGGCUCCGGGACUCCUUCUUCACUCGCACUCUCCUCAGACUCUGGCUCUGACGCAGGGUCUGCAGGGAGAUCGGGAUCUCCUCCUGUUUGACUUGUACUGGCAACAGUUUGGGGAAGGCGAGAGCUGGGGGAAACAGCGCAGGAGUGCCGGGACGCAGAUUGAGAGGCGCGAAGAUGAGAGUGGUGGGACCGUCAGUGAUGUAGACGUCGACGAGGUCCUUGGAGUCGAAGGCGUGAACAAGGCCUUGACACGCAGCCACGAUGGGGGAAGGAAGGGAAGUAAGGGUGCGCACCACCCAACCUAUAGGAAGUGA